ACAAAAUACACUGAUAAAGAUAAUGGAGGGAUGCUUGUAUGGUCUCCAUAUCAUAAUAUUCCAGAUGCCAAAUUGGAUGAAUAUAUAGCAAUAGCAAAGGAAAAACAUGGAUACAAUGUGGAACAGGCUCUCGGCAUGUUGUUCUGGCAUAAACACAAUAUUGAGAAGUCUCUUGCGGAUCUCCCUAACUUCACUCCUUUCCCUGAUGAAUGGACAGUUGAAGAUAAGGUCCUAUUUGAACAAGCAUUUAGCUUCCAUGGAAAGAGCUUUCACAGGAUCCAGCAAAUGCUUCCAGACAAGACCAUUGCAAGCCUUGUUAAAUAUUACUAUUCUUGGAAAAAAACUCGCUCUAGGACAAGUUUGAUGGAUCGACAGGCUCGAAAACUAGCUAAUAGAAAUAAUCAAGGUGACAGUGAUGAUGACGUAGAAGAAGCUCAUCCAAUGGAUGGAAAUGAUAGUGAUUACGAUCCCAAAAAAGAAGCCAAAAAGGAGGGCAAUAAUGAGCAGCCUGUUCAGACCAGCAAAAUAGGUCUGGGUAGAAGAGAGUAUCAGAGCUUGCAGCAUCGCCACCAUUCUCAGCGUUCCAAAUGCCGUCCACCAAAAGGCAUGUACCUGACCCAGGAAGAUGUGAUAGCUGUUUCCUGUAGUCCCAAUGCAGCCAACACAAUUCUUAGACAGCUGGAUAUGGAACUAAUCUCAUUAAAGCGACAGGUUCAAAAUGCUAAGCAAGUAAACAGUGCACUUAAACAGAAAAUGGAAGGCGGGAUUGAAGAAUUCAAACCUCCUGAGUCUAAUCAGAAAAUCAAUGCCCGUUGGACCACAGAAGAGCAGCUUCUUGCAGUGCAAGGUGUCCGAAAAUAUGGUAAAGAUUUUCAAGCUAUUGCAGAUGUAAUUGGCAACAAGACUGUUGGCCAAGUGAAGAACUUCUUUGUAAACUACAGGCGUCGGUUUAACUUAGAGGAGGUAUUGCAGGAAUGGGAAGCGGAACAAGGAACCCUGGCUUCUAAUGGUGAUGCUUCUGCUUUAGGGGAGGACACAAAAAAUACUUCUAAUGUGCCAUCAGGAAAGAGCACUGAUGAAGAAGAUGAGGCACAAAGCACUCCGGCCACUCAGUGUUUAGGCCCUUCACCUCCAGCACAGGCAUCUGCUCCAGCACCUACUGCUCCCAUGGCAACUUUAAAUCAGCCGCCCCCGUUACUUCGUCCAGCGCUUCCUGCUGCUCCUGCUCUCCAUCGUCAGCCUCCGCCACUUCAACAGCAGGCGCGAUUUAUUCAGCCAAGGCCGACUCUAAACCAGCCUCCCCCACCACUCAUCCGCCCAGCUAAUUCCAUGCCUCCUCGUCUAAACCCAAGGCCAGUGUUAACCACAGUUAGCGGCCAGCAGCCACCCUCACUUAUCGGAAUUCAGACAGAAUCCCAGUCCACUCUACACUGAAGAAAUCAAGCAGAAUUAUGCUAACUCCUACAUCUGAAAAAUUCUAUCAAUGUGCUUUUUUUUUCCUCUUUUUUUUUUUUUUUUCCAAAUAAUGAAGGGUCAAAAAGAGCAAGCCUUCACAGGUAUCAAACCAGUUUUACAGAGGAGCAAGCUAAUAACUAGAAAUGGAACCAUGUGAAUGACCACCUGUAUAAAAAU